UGGCACCACUUGACCAGGUGCGAGUUGCUUGGUUCUGCAGUCCAUCAUUUUGCGUGUGAAAGUCAAGUCUCGUUUUUGCAGGAACCCAGCAGGAACCAAACAACGCAGGCCAUGUGAUAGUGAAUUUUGUUUUCGAUUUGGUGCGGAUUAAGAUUUUUUUGAAUUGAGUUUAAUGUGCAAAACUGCAGGAAUUAUGGCUACCAAUUAUCAAAAUUUGUUUUUUAGACUUUGCAUAGUUUUUGCUAUGGUGGCUGCAGUGGUUACUAUACUCUAUCUAACUCCUGUACCUGAUCAAAGAUUUAAAAACUGUGAUAGACCAUGCCAUGAACUAGACUGGCCAAUGAUAUGUAGACUGAAACUUAACAUAGAAAUGUACCAGACAAUGGCCAAAGAGUGUCAAAACUGCCCCUUAAACUCAACCGACUGCGAGAACAAGAACUGCGCGAGCGCAGACGGCAGCCCCAGGGGCAUUAUCACUGCCAACCGUCAGUUACCAGGCCCCCCCAUCCAAGUUUGCAAAGGCGACAUUUUGGUUGUGGAUGUUAUCAAUAAAAUACCGAGUCAUAGUCUCACGGUACACUGGAGAGGCCAGCCCAAUCACGAAGCCCCUUUCAUGGAUGGAAGUCCGAUGAUUUCGCAGUGCCCCAUACCGAGUUACACGACGUUUCAAUACAAGUUUAGAGCGAGUAGAGCUGGCACUCACUUUUGGCAGGCGUUUUCGGAUGCUGAUAGAUCGGACGGUUUGUUUGGAGCUUUGGUAGUUAGAGAAGCGGAUAAAAUAGAGCCACAUAGAAAGUUGUACGAUAUUGAUGCUAAAGAUCACGUCAUUUUGAUAUCUGAGUGGUCCAGAGACUUAACCAGAGACUACAAGAUUGACGAUGAUACCCCCAAGACGUUGUUGAUAAAUGGGAGGUACUCACCGGAAGGUACAUCGUCUUUAGCAUCAUUCACCGUCCAGAAGGGAAAGAGGUAUCGUUUUAGGGUCGCCUAUACUUCUGGGUACUUGGGUUGCCCCAUAACCUUCUCAAUUGAUAACCACAAACUGAAAGUGAUAGCUUUGGAUGGUGCCCCGAUCACACCGUACGAAGUGUCUUUCGCUACUUUGGGCAAAGGCGAGAGGAUGGACUUCGUGCUGAAAACCGAUCAGGAAAUCGGGGCUCAUUUCCUGCGUCUCGCCUCGCAAUGCAAAGACGAUCUAACAGGUUUAGGAGUCAUCAACUACGAGGGCGUGCCGAAGAAGGAAUUCCCGCUCAAGAAUCAGGUCAAGGCGGACGAUAGGAUUAGGGUGUUUGAUACGGCUAUCUGCGACAGCGAGAUCGGGAAAGUUUGUCUGAAAAACGUUAAGGCGCUUAAUAAAAUGCCGAAUGAACUGAGGGAAUACGAAGUCGGCAGAAAGAUAUAUCUCGGUUUUGAUUACAAGCUCCGCAAUAAGGACGCGCACGAAGGUGGGUUUACAAAUUUAAAAUCCAAAAUCUAUGCUAUCAACAAUUUGACGUUCACGUUUCCUCCAUCACCAGUUUUAACUCAGCCAGACGAUGUUCCAGUGGAUAUGCCUUGCAAUGAACUGAAUAUUCCUGAUAAAUGUUCGAAAAAAAAGUUUAGUAUUUGUGAAUGUUUCCAUGUUGAAUAUAUACCACUAGGAUCUAGCACAGAAAUCAUCCUAAUCGACCAAGGAGGGGACGAGGAGGAACAUGUAUUUCAUCUACACGGCUAUCAUUUUUACGUUGUUGGAAAGCAUGUUUUCGAUAAAUCCAUAUCUGUGGACCAGGCUAAAGCUUUGGAUGCCGAAUACAAGCUAAUGAAGAGGAAUUUCAACAAUCCUGUUCUAAAGGAUACCAUACGAGUACCCAAGUUUGGUGCUGUUGCUUUACGAUUCAUUGCAAAUAAUCCUGGAUUUUGGAUACUAAGGGACGAACAAUCCAAAAGUUGGACCAGAGGAUUAGACAUAGUUUUUCAGGUUGGACACACUGACGAAAUGGUAUCCACUCCGAAACAUUUCCCAACCUGCGGAAACUUCAUAGGACCAGACUUCUUUUUACUCUAGCCUCAAACUUCAGUACCAGUUAACCAAUUAAUAUUACUUAAUAUGUAUAUAUUUAGGGGUAUACAGGGUGUCCAGAAAAUAGCGAUCCACUUUUGAACACCCUGUACAAUAAAUUAAACACCGUGAUAUUGUUGUUAUUUGUUAUUUUUGUGUAUUUAUGUAAAAAAAUGUUAAUUUUUUGUAAUAAAGUUUGUAGAAAUCAA